GAGCACCGGGAGCGGAGUGCCCGCGGAGCCGACAAGCGGGAGACGGGAGGGAGAGAUGCUCCUCGCCCCUCACUUUGCGCUUAGUGCCUGGAAAUCUCCGUGCCGAGCGAGCACCGGGCUGCGCGGGGACGGGCUCUCCCCCGGGAGCUCUGCAGCUCCUCCAGACAGAGCAGUAGCACUGCCACUGCCAGCGCGGGGAGCGAAACGGGUGGGGAAUUCGUGGCUGUGGUUUGGACCCUCGUCAUGCCCACGUACUGUGUCACUGUGAGAGGAAUUCAGUUACCAUGGUUUAACCUAUCAGUACGGGGACCAAGUGCCUCCCCUCCCAACUGCUCUAUAAAAAGAGUCUCUGAAGAUGCCCUGGCGGCUCCUGCCUGCCGGCUCAGAGAAGCAGGUGCUCAGCGUGCACGGAGGGGGUGCCACCAUGCCGUCCACCUUCCAGCUGCAGUGCCACCUCGUCCUCAUCCUGCUGGCAGCCUCCAAGGGGGACACCCGCUACGUCGAGGUGAGGGAUGCUGGUGAAGAUGAGCCCUUCCUGCUCCUCAGCAAAGACCUGAAGCGGGAGCUGUCCGCAGGGCACAUCUACCGGCGGUCGCUGCGCUGCAUUGAUAUGCUGAGCAUUGAGGGGCAGUUCACCUUCACUGCGGAUCAGCCCCAGUUGCACUGCGCCACAUUCUUCAUCGGUGAACCUGAGGAGCUCCUCACCAUCGAAUAUGACUUUGUGAAUAUCGACUGCCAAGGAGGUGACUUCCUGAAGGUAUUUGAUGGCUGGAUACUCAAAGGAGAGAAGUUUCCUAGUUCCUUGGACCACCCCCUCCCCAAUUCCCAAAGGUACACAGACUUCUGUGAGAGUGGCACUGUCCAGAGGAGCAUCAGGUCAUCGCAGAAUGUGGCAAUGAUCUUCUUCAGGAUUCACCAGCCAGGCAGUGGAUUUACUGUCACAGUCAAGAAAAAUGUCAACCUCUUCCCUUGCAAUGUCAUCUCUCAGACUCCCUCAGGAAGGUUUACCAUGGUCAUUCCUCAUCAACACAGAAACUGCAGUUUUUCUAUAAUUUACCCAGUGGUGAUAAAAAUCUCCGAUCUCAUCGUGGGACACUUAAACGGCCUCUUUUUGAAGAAUCCGUCACUGGGCUGUGCAGGAGUGGGGGACUUUGUGGAGCUGUUAGGAGGAACUGGCUUAGACCCAUCCAAGAUGUUUCCACUGGCUGACCUCUGUCACUCCUUUCAUGGGUCUGCUCAAAUGAAGAUUGGUUGUGACAAUACUGUGCUACGGAUGGUCUCCAGUGGCAAACACAUAAAUCGUGUGACAUUUGAGUAUUAUCAACUUGAUCUGCAGGAAAUAGAAAACAGAAAGGAGAACAGCAUUGAAGAAUUCUGCUUCCCUGGUAUCUGAAAAACCAGGCAGUGCAUUUUCAUAUUGCUAAUCACAGUAAUGUUCUGGAAAAUAAAAAAAUGUAAUUUUCCUUUAACCAGCUGGUGUUAUCAAGCCUUUCUACGGUACAAGCAUAUUCUUUUCUUUUUUUUUUUUCAUAACAGAUCAAUCAUUCAUAUGAGCAAGCAGGAAAAAGCAUAUUUUUCUUUGUUACUACAGUUAUAAUUUUCUGCAGUGUUUAAAAUCACUUACUAUACCCAAAAUCAAUAACAAGAACAGAAGGCUAAGUUUCCAGUAUAUGUGUUAUUAGAGUAACAGACACAAAUCCUCUGUGUAUCCAGUCUGAGCACAUAAAAAACAACAGUAUGUGUAAACUUAACGCAGCGACUUUAUCCUUUUAUAUCAAGAAUGAACAAAAAUACAAGGUGGUCGAAUACAUUUCCAGUUUUGUAGCAGGAAAUCCAGCAUUAGUGUGUGUAAAAAUGACUUGUUUGUUUAUGACUAUAAAUGUACUAUUUAAUGACAUGUUUGUAAUAACAAUUUAUAGCAUGGAUACUUCCUUACAUGAAUCCAAACAUGAAUAAAUAUGUUCAAAGAGUUGGCAAAAUAUUAUGAUAAUGUAUUUUUCUGAAGAGCUCUUUUAACAUUCUGGUUAAACUUCUUAAGUCUUGUGCAGUUUUCUGGAAAUGAUGAUUUUGAGCAUAUGUAGCUGUAAAACUGUGGACUAUUGAAAGUGGCAUUAUGGGCAGAACUUUGGUUUGCCAAUGUUGCGUAACCGUUUGGGUGCAGUAGGUGCCAGCUGUUGACUUACUGGCACCUUCCCUGUUUUAAGGUUUUUAGUCAGGUGUCCAGCAGACCCAUGGAGGCAGGUUAUUUUUCCAGAUCCCUGACAACCCAUAAGAGGAGUGUAAGCCUGGAGAACUGUAGGAAGCACAGCAGAGGACCAGGAGUUUGUCUGAGCCUGGAAGCACUUGCAUGGAUUUGCAUGUUUUUAGCUGGCAAACACUGGGGCCAGCAGUUCCUUCCUUGACAUUCAAUUAACAAUCAAUGCUGAUUGAGCCAGUUGCGUGCCUGAAACCUUCUAAGCUGAACUCUGGCUCUUAGUCUCUGGUCACCAAAAAUCAAGUGUCUUGAGUAUUCAGCAGCUGCAUAGUUAGUUCCCUUGCGCCAGCAGAAGUGGGUGAAAACUUCAGGAUGCCUUAGGGUUUCCCUUGGUAGGGUUUUGUGAACCCAGUUCUGGAUAUUAACUGACUUAAUAAAAGAGGUUAUGGACUGUCUUACUAACAGAUGAAUAUGCCUGGCAGUGUGGUCAGACUUGGGUGAGUGUGUCAACGCUGCACGGCUGUGCUCAUGGAAGAGAUGAUGUGGCUAUUUAG